CAACUCAACUUCAACUACCGAAACACUCCAUCCCUUCCUUUCUGUAACGGAUAAACCUUCGUGUCCAUGGCGUCCACCAACAUUCUCUCACCCACCAGCUCCACCUCCACCUCCACCUCCACCGCUACGUCCUCCACCACCCAUCAGUCACUCUAUCUCUCCUCCAAACUCCCCUUCCCUUCCUUCUCUGCAUUUCCCCACAACAGACCGAUCACCAAGCUCCACGUCUCCUCUCCACCUAACAAAACGCCCAUCACCACCACCACCACCACCACCACCACCACCAAGAAACCCAAUCAAGAAACCAUCUUUUUCGAUGGUGGAGCUCACUACGGUGACCUUGUAGCAAACUUGCUUCUGGGUUUCACUCUAUUUUGGUUACCAUUAACUUUAGCUGCAGUUUCAAGAGCUUUCUACUUAAGAUACAGGUUCACCAACCUGCGAGUAACGGUUAUUUCUGGAUUCACAGGUGAAGACAGGAGUGAUUUCUCAUACAAAGUGAUUAAGGAUGUGCAGGUGGUGCCGAGGUUUAUUGGUGAGUGGGGUGAUGUUAUCAUUACUUUGAAGGAUGAUACAAAGGUUGACCUCAGGAGUGUGCCUAGAUUCAGAGAGAUUGCAAAGUAUUGUCUCUCCAUGGCUGAGAAACCUGCCGUUUUGAAAGAAACCGAUCCUAAAGGUUUUUAAGAGUUUGAUGCAUAUACUUCUUUUUUUUA